GGAAGAGGACAAGAACAUUUUUGAUUACUGCAGAGAAAACAACAUUGACCAUGUAACCAAAGCCAUUCGAUCAAAAAAAGUGGAUGUGAAUGUCACAGAUGAGGAGGGCCGGGCUUUGCUCCACUGGGCGUGCGACAGAGGACACAAGGACCUGGUUUCAGUACUGUUACAGCACGCUGCUGACGUUAACAGCCAGGACGGGGAAGGCCAGACUGCGCUCCAUUACGCUGCUGCCUGCGAGUUUUUGGACAUCGUGGAGCUGUUGCUGAAGUCGGGAGCCGAUCCUACGCUCCGGGACCAGGAGGGCUGCCUGCCGGAGGAGGUGACAGACUGUAAAGCCAUCUCUUCGGCUCUGCGGCAGCACACCGCUGGCAAGGCUUAG